UCAUAACAAUUGUACAAAAUAAUUUUACAUUGAGUUGACCUCUUUAAAUGUUGAAGGAAGGAUUUAAGUAAAGUCAAAGAAUAUCAAUGUAGUGGUAUAUGAUUAAAUAUAUGUAAACGAAAUAUAAUAUAUACACAAAAGAGGUAGUAAAUUCAAUACAGUUUACGUACUUGAAUUUGGGUCACGUAGACAUGUUUUAGCAUAAUCGAUUCUAAAUAUUUAAUUUAAUACAUGUUCUUGGAAUUUGGUUUCGAUUAUCUAUUGUCAUAAUGAAAUGGGAGGUAUGAAGUGUGCACAUUGUGGACAGACGGACAGUGCAGAUAGUGAUAAACCUGCACAAUGCACGUGCUAUACCUGGUUUAUGUAUACAUGUACAGUUUGUUUGGUCACAGUUUUAAUUGGUGUAACAUGUUGUGUUUAUUGUACAUGUUUACUUGUUUCGAUUAACAAAACAGUAAAGCAUGAUAAGGAUUCAACUGAAAGUGAGGUUUCGUUACAUGGGAACAACGGAUUUCAUGAAGUUGUGGCAGCUCAGGGAUCUAUUUCACAAAAAACAAAUAUGCAUACCAUUGCAAAUGCUUUCACACAUAUAAGUCAGUUAAGGAGAAGAAGAAGUGAGACGGAAAAGAAAAAGAAGAAAAGAACGAAAGGGAAAGGUGGAAACAAGAAGAAAAAACAAAAAACCCCAGCGGCACACUAUGUUUUAAGAGAAGGACUAGCAAGUGGAAGGGCUAAUUGUCCACUCGGAAGACAUACAGGACAGAGAUCGGCUGAAAUGAAGCAAACCCUUGAUGUUUUUAAGCUAGCAUCAUUUAUUACAGAAAAAUCCAAUCCCUUUCGUGCUAUAGAUGGCCGAUUUAUCGCUAAAAAGAAAGGGUUAUACCUAGUGUACGCACAGAUUUUAUUUGAAGACUGCAGACCUGAAGAAGUUAUGAAACUUGUACAGAAAAGAAGUAUAAAGGGUGGUGACAUCAUCAUACAAGAACAUUUUUGCAUUGCUGGUGUCGCUAAUGCAGAUAGAAGCUUGAACAACACGUGCUCUAUGACGGCUCUGUUUUUCUUGGAGAUUGAUGAUUAUCUCACAGUGGUGAACCAUUACCCGGAAGUGCAUAUCAAUUUAAGAGGCAAUGGUACAUUCUUCGGUGCAGUGUACUUGAGAUAGCACGAAAGAUAGCGUCUGAGACUAUAAGCGAUUCGUAAAAAUAUCGAUGUUACAUCAACUGUGAGGUUGAUUUUACUGUUGCACAUACAAUAGUACACUGUGAGCCACGUGUAAAAUGCAUAAUACAUAACGUAUUCAUUCCUUAUUUAACCAAUGACUUUUAAAAUGGAAGUUUUCAUUACAUUUUUGAUGGCGUUUAUUAAUUGUAUUUUACAAGUUGUAUUCUGAACUACAAAACUACUUAUUUUAUUCAUCGAUCAUAGAGACACAUAUACUUUUAAAACCAAGAUGUUUAAAAAAGUUUUCUUCGUUACCUGAAGAUUCGAUAGUUGUGAAAGCAGUUUGAUCGGUUUGAUUCUGUUUAUUUGCUGAAAUGGUAAUUGCAACAUACACCCUAAAAUUGUUUUAGGCAGGAUUCAUGGUUCUGAUUUAAAUAAUGAUAGUUCAAUCUCGUGAACGUCAUCAAAGGCAGAGGUUUUAACUGUACAGUGUUAAAUUAUCAACAAUAGAAUAAAUGACCCCUAGUUAUACUAGUAAACUACUAGUAUAAGCAAUUAGAAUAUGAACGGGUGGCUGUUUAUAGCAAACCCACAAUACUAAACACAAAAUGAAAGAGACCUAUAAUUUUUGAAAUUUCUUCUCUCAAACAUAUUGAUGUCAUUUGCUUUGUGACAGCUUUGAAAAAUUCGCUGUACUUUACUAUUCUUCUUAAGUUGUCAUAGAUUCAGUGUUGAAAAUUAAGCCAAGGUUUCUGACAUUUUGUGAUGUAUCGCUUAUGAUGAUAUCAUGCACUUAACAAGGAGAGACUUUUAAACAAUCGGAAUUGCAGGAAAGUCUUAACGAUUUCCCUUUUGUCUGUAAUGUUGCAUGUCCGUAGACAUUUAAUUGAUAUAAUAAAAUAAACGCUUACACUGUUUUAUAUGCAUUACAUGUACAUACCGUAUGAUCUUCAUACACUUAAAAAUUUAAUUGAUAUCAUAAAAUAACUCUUACACUGUAUAUACAUUUCAUGCCUUGGGCAUUCAAUACUAAUCAAUAGUAUCAUUCAAUUAAAUGUUCAUCUCAUCAUUAUGGUAUCAUUUGCUCUUUGUAUCCAACAAAUCAGGAGUCGUGUCGGUAUCUUUUUCACCAAGUUAUUUCAGAGCACACUAAUCAUGUUGUAUUAAUUCCUCCUGCUGAUUUAUCUUUCUUGUAUUUUCUUCAAGUGCUUAUACAAAAUAAAGACGUAUUUGUUA